GAGCUGAACCAAUGACUCUUGGUUCCCCAACUUCUCCAAAGCCAGCAGCUGGUGCUCAGUUCUUACCUGGAUUUUUAAUGGGCGAUUUACCAGCUCCAAUGACUCCACAACCUCGCUCUUUAAGUGGCCCUUCUGUUGGUGUGAUGGAAAUGAGGUCUCCUUUACUUACAGGUGGAUCUCCUCCACAACCAGUAGUUCCUACACAUAAGGAUAAAAGUGGUGCUCCACCUGUUAGAAGCAUGUAUGAUGAAUUAUCUAGUCCAGGACUUGGAUCUACACCUCUAACCUCAAGAAGACCACCCAGCUUUUCUGUAACUCAGAGUCCAUUGGUUGGGGCUAUGCCAGCAACCCCUGGAACAGUCACAGGUGUAUUUAGUCCUGCAAGUAUUGGACAGCCCAGGAAGACCACACUGUCUCCAGCUCAGAUGGAUCCUUUCUACACUCAAGGAGAUUCCUUAACCUCAGAAGAUCAUCUUGAUGACACAUGGGUUACUGUAUUUGGGUUUCCUCAAGCAUCUGCUUCAUAUAUUCUACUACAGUUUGCACAAUAUGGAAAUAUAUUAAAGCAUGUUAUGUCCAAUACAGGGAACUGGAUGCAUAUUCGAUACCAGUCCAAACUACAAGCUCGAAAAGCCUUAAGCAAAGAUGGAAGGAUUUUUGGUGAAUCUAUCAUGAUUGGAGUCAAGCCUUGUAUAGAUAAAAAUGUGAUGGAAAGUUUUGAUAGAGGCUCUGCAUCAUCUGCAUCUUCAGUCUUCACACCACCGACAAAAACCUUAGGCACACUGAUACAGCCUGCAAGUUCUCCAAGGAUUUCUACAAUGAGACCUCUUGCAACAGCAUAUAAAGCAUCCACUAGUGACUAUCAGGUGGUUUCUGACAGACAAACUCCAAGGAAAGAUGAAAGUAUUGUAUCUAAAGCUAUGGAAUACAUGUUUGGCUGGUAGUAAGCAAUGGAGAAUAUUACACUAAAACAUCGUAAGGGCUACAGAUAAACUGCCAGCUCCCUGGGUUAGUUGUAUAACCACUCAUGGCAGUAUUUCAACUUCCCUUCAUACCUGUUAUGCCUUUUGAGAGGAGAAUUCAGCAUACAUUGUUUGCACUUUAAAUAAUGGCAAUGUAUACAGCAUUUUAAGAUGUUAAAACUAAUCAGUGUAAAUAAAAGUGGUCUCUUGCUGUUCAUGUGCUCUAGUGAUUGCAUGACUUAAGCAAAAAAGUCCGUAUUUAUUUGCUAUAAGUUAUGGAAUUGUGUUCAUUUUACUUUCCAGUAAAGUGAGAAUGUAUAAAUGUGAUAACUCAGUUCAUUGUUCCCUAAUAAUGUAACAAUGUUUCUCCAUAUUUUCUGGAAAGAUAAAUUUUCUGCAAGAUGAACACUAGGUAUUCUAGUAAAACAAGAUUUUUGUCAUGGGCUACCAAUUUUAAAAUGAAUGUUAAAUUUUAAUUUGGAUGCUGUUUAAUCCUUCUGUUUAUAUAAAGUUCAUCUUUGAGUCCCAUUCUAAAUGUUCAUAACAGCCUUUUAAACUUUUUAACUUAGAUUUUCCUAAUAAAAUUUAAUUAAGAGUUUGCAAUGUUCAGUUCUUUUUAAAAGCUUGAGUGACCCAUGUGUUCAUGAACGCCCCACUUGUCUUCCAGGUUUCAGUCAGGCAUGUUAUAUGUAUCACCUGAACUUACAUGGGACUAUCAGGGUUGAGGUAGCCAGUCAUACCAAUUGGGUGGAUUUAAUUUGCAUAGAUUGGAAUUGGUAACACUAUUAAGAUUUCAAAUUUGACCUAAUAAUACAUUAAUGUAGUAGUGCACUCUGCUACUUAUGCUUUCUUUAGAAAACAUUAAAAAACAUACUACACAAAUUUUUGUAUUUCAUGAGGACUGAAAUACAUCAUCCACUUUAAUGUACAGGAUAAGCCUGCUUCUAACCAUGUUCAGCACACUACAGUUUGAAACGAGCAAUUAAAAAUAUCCAACUGCAAGUGAAAAAAUUCCUAAUCUGUAACAGGGCAAGAGCCUUUUUCAUCAUAAGACUUUCUAAUGAAGAAGCUAUUUCUGGGUAUGUGAUAGAAUAGUGAAUCAAAGGGUAGAGUGCUGUCUUUUAAAUUACCAACUUGGGGCUUGUUUCCACUAUAGGAGAUCCACUAAAUCAGGGGAACUUUUUUGGCAUCAUGGCUGCUCAUCCAAAAAAAUUAGUUAGGGGCCACAAGUGAGAAGCGUGCGUGCACCCACACCCUCCCUCUAAAACCCUCAGGGUACGUCUACACUACAGCG